AUGACGCUUAAAAGAAAAGGAUCUGAUCCAAUUGAAAGGCCAGCAAAGCAAUCAAAAACAUCAGAAGGAAAGAAAAAGGGACGUGAAGUACUGGAUAACUAUGAGGCAGAGGUUGUCAUUGAAAUUCAAGAAGAUCCAGAAACUGUACAGCCAGAUAUUGAUGGACCUAAGGUCCCAUUAAGUGCACGAGCGGCAAGGCAGGCUGCUAUCGCUGCUGGAUUGUAUAGAACAAAAGAAGACGAAGACGAAGAAGAGGAUAGAGUCAGUGUAAAUGAUGAGGAUGAAGAAAGGGAAGAAAGAGAAGAAGAAGAAAAAUCAGACAGUAUACUAGAUGAAAUAAAAGAUAUCUCGGAAGAAGCACAGGACGUGACAGAUGGCGUGACAGAACCAUUUAAAAAAACAAAGCCAUCAUUGUUGGUAGAUCACAAUUCGGUCAGCAAAUUUACUUAUUCAAAGACAAACACAUGCGUCCUUAAACAAGAAGAUGAGACAUAUAUGUUUAUCGGCUUAAAGCAAGGAGAAGAUCUGGUCUUUAUGGGUGAAAUACUAGUUGCACCUCUCUAUGGCGCCAUAUCUAUUGCUGGAGCAAUAAUUUCAUCGAACCGACCUGUUCCUAAGGAUCGAACAGAGAACGAUAUACCCGUACACUUCUACCCCGUCUUUUGCCCACUAUCUCACGCACUUUUACGCAUUGCACCUGUCAGCAUGGACCAGCCUUCGAUCAGAUCACAUGACGAUCCAGUCGAGAUGGAUGAAAAUAUACUUGAAGCUGUCUUUGAAGAACUGACAGUAGAUGAGUUUGACGCCGUCAUUGUUAUCAAGGAUUUAUAUGGUAAUGGGCUUGAAUCUAUGAAGGACGCGGUGCCAAAGCGUAGAAAUGUAGUAAAGUUCUCAAAGAAGGAAGCCAGACGAGAUAUGUCUUUGACGAUUAACAUGUUUCCUGGGUUUCAUCCUAUCCUUGAAUCUGUACCUGGCGUAAAGGCAUUCAAAAUAGAACUCUCAUGGGAAUCAGAGACGUUAAUCGCGCUAAACUCGGCCGCUGAACGCAAAACACCAAUGGUCAGCGUCGUCUGCGGUGGUAAAAACCUUGGUAAAUCAUCCUUUAGCAAGUACCUCGUGAACCGACUGUUGACGCGAUACAAGAAGGUGGCGUAUAUUGAAACAGACGUAGGACAGACCGAAUUCACGCCAACAGGACUCAUAUCGCUCCACUACAUUGAACAUCCCGUCCUUGGUCCAUCCUACACACAUCAGCAGUUUGAACCAGCCCGUAGCUUCUUCUUUGGCAGCAACUCACCACGAAGCAAUCCCGAUUACUAUUUGGCUUGUAUUCACCAGCUCGUCUGUCAUUGGAAGCACGAUCAGAUGAUGGAGGAUGACGAAAUAGGGAUUCCGCUUGUGGUCAAUACUCAAGGCUGGAUCUCUAAUGUAGGGUACGAUCUGCUUAUGAGCCAAAUCAAAAGUAUUGCGCCUACAGAUGUAUUUGCUCUUCGUCACAGUACCUAUCUCAAAAAGAACCUAUCACCUUUCUUUGAGAGCGAUGUCAUGGCAACAGUAGAUAGCACACUAAGCUUGUCCAAAGUAAUACCGACGGUCCGUUUUAUCGACUGCUAUUACCGCGAAUCAGGUGUAUCUAUUUUUCCAGAUCUGUUUACAGCAUCCAAGUUACGUGACAUUACCCUGGCUUCCUAUUUCCAUCAAACAGAGAUGGGACAAGACGCAUAUCUGAAUCCACAAUGGGAUUAUCAGAAACACAUUAUCGACCGAACUCCUUGGGUUGUUGACUGGCGAGCACACCUGAAUGCGAUCUGGAUUACUUAUGAAGAAGUUAAACUUGAAGAAUUAUUAUAUGCGCUGAAUGGAUGUAUAGUAGGCAUUAUGGGUGACGUAGAAGAUUUUAAAAAGCAAAAGGGACCUGACAGAGCUAUAUCUGCUGAUGAAAAUGAGUUUACACCACCCAUAUAUUACACCACGCGAGAUAAACUACCACCCAAUCCUGAAAACAUAACAUGCCUUGGCUUAGGCAUCAUCCGUGCCAUUGAUCCGUCACGCCAUGCACUUCUGUUAGUGACACCACUGCCAGCUGAGACACUAGAAAAGACAUCUGGGCUUAUCAAAGGAGAAAUGCGUCUACCUUCAUGGGCUUUUCUGGACGAUAAAUUAGGAACUAGCAAUGGUAUUGCCAAGGUACCUUGGAAGCAAGUGCCUUAUGUGAAUCCUGGUCCAAGAGAAGGUGUUGGAGCCAGAAUACAGAAAGUGCGACGUAAUUUAUUGCAUAGACCAAGAAGGAUUAAAGAAGGACAUAAAUAAACAAUAAAAAGUGUGGGUCGUCAAAAGCUGUAUUUUAUGCAAAAGAAUAUUCUUUUGGCUACAAGCACAUACACAUAUAUGCAUACACGUAUACAUGUUUACACGUUAUAAAUAGAUAUACGCACCAUUGUUUAUAUUGAAUAUUAUCAGUGACUACAAAAAAUUAAUUUCGCAUGCGUGUGUGUGUGUUUGUGCAUGUGUGUCAAGAUAUGCAGUAUGCGAUGCAGUUAUUAUUAAGAGUUAUAUGCUCACACGACGCUUUAGAGUUGCCAUGGAAAUAAAGCUUUUUGCCACCUCCAUCUGAUAAGCUCAACGGUUGCACGGUCCUGAUGUUUGGGAAUGUUGUACACACACAGAGGUGGAUUGAUCUUCUUCCAACCAGAUGUUUUAGACAUACAAUUGUCAAGAGCUUUCCUAAUCAUGCUUCCUAUUUGAUAUGAGUAACAUAAAAAAGAC